CCUGUGUUGACGUUAGUGCGUUUCUGCUGCUGCAGGCUGUACAGGAUACACAGAAGGAAUGCAACAACAUGGGUUAUGUUCAAGAUUCAACUUAAUUACCUUUCUCUGACAAAAAAAAUAAUGUGGAGAUUAAACAAAGUCCGACACAAAGCUGGUCGUCAUGGUGACAGUUCGGAGCAGUUCCGGUCGAAGAGACGAGAGCAAGAGAAUGCUCUGAGGCAGGCCCGCAGAGACAGACAACUAGUGAGCAAGAGACUCCUGCUGAAUGACGAUGAAGAGCAUCCAGAGGUCACCAUGGAAACUAACUCUGCAGGACAGGAUGUGGUCAGUUUGUUCCUCAAGCUUCAGCACAGUGGGCCAGAGAAGGAAGCUGACCUGAAAGCCUUGAGUAAAGCUCUACGUGACCCUUCAGCACAGCUCACCUUCAUCAAGCAGGGGAAGAGUAUGCAUCUGCUGGUUGGGCUGCUCACCGGCUCUAACGCUCAGUGUCGCCUUCAGGCCGUUCAGUGUCUUCACGAGUUGUCUCACUCUCCCCACGCUACUGUGGCCCCUGCCUGUCUGCCCGUCACCCCUUACCUGCUCACCUAUCUAUCGGGCCAAAGCACCAGAUUUACAGAGCUGUGUCUUUACACACUGGGGAACCUGUGUCCAGACAGUGAUGUAGUUACAGAGAAGCUUCUUGCCCAGGGAAUCAUACCUGCUUUGACCAGCUGUUUGGAGAACCAGAGACAUAAUCUGGCCUUGGUGGAAGCUGUGGGUUUCACACUUUCUCAGCUGCUACAGAACAGAGAUGCGGCAGAAAAAAUUAUCCCUACGGUCCUGGCCUCGAGUUUGCCUUCACUUUUAUUAUCGGUGCUUACUCCUGACCCACAGUUUGGCCUGGCUCCUGCCAUUGAGUGUGCCUGGUGUCUGCAUUAUCUCACUAGCAGACAAAGCGCUGUGGAUGGCAGAGUGUUGUUGUGUCAUGGGGCCCUUUUGCAAUGCAGUUCCCUCUUAGUGUCAAUAGGUGGUGUUGUUGCCGAUGGAAAAAAAGAGGAGGGAAUGGAGCUGCUCAUCUGUCCUCUGCUGCGGUGUGUUGGAAACCUCCUGUCGUCAUGUCCAGUGGACGAUCUGAUUGCUCAAGUGGAUGACGUUCGCCUCCCAGCUGCUCUGUGUGCCCUUCUUCAGGCUUACCUGCACACUCAGCCGGCCUUGGCCAGAGAGACGGCCUGGGUCCUAAACAACCUGACAGCUCCAGCUCACUCCAUUGAAUUCUGCUCUGCUCUUCUGACUCUCAACUUGGUUCCUGGACUCAUACAGCUUCUGCCUUUCUCACAAGGCAUCAAUACGAUGAUUCUCAGGGUCCUUGCUAAUAUUGCCCACAAGAAAAAGGAGUUCUGUGUUCAGCUGAUCCAGCUUGGAUUGCUGUCAGCGCUCUGUGCCACACUUAAAAUGGCAGACCCAGAAAUGGUGACCCUGAGUCUGGACGUCCUGUUCAUGUUGGUCACUAGUUGCCCUCAGGUAGCGGAGGAGUUUGUGAAGCAAGGUGGGCUUUCAUUGAUAGAAGCCAUUCAGUACAACAGUGAAGGAGAGAUGAGGAGGAGAGCAGCUUACCUACUAGAGCACAAACUACUGUCCUAGACCGACUCCUACACUAUGGACGACAACCACCAUCCAAUAUGACAUUCAGGGGGAUCGGAUCUUGUGUUGCUACACAGUAGUGUCAGACUUGAAAUAUCAUAAGCUAUUUUGAAAUAUUUAAGUCCCUCAAUGCCUUGAGCAAUGUUUUUAAGAUCUCUAAAUGUGUCAUAUUAUUUUGUCAUUUACCAAAGCAGGUAGCUGUCUUGUCUUGUCAUGUAUACAUUUACAAACCUUAACAUAAACUUGUGGUCAUAGGUGAAAACAGUACAAUCAAUUAAAAGACUGAAGCUUAUUUAUUUUUGUGCAUGUCAGACUUUCAUCUGACUGUAAAUACAGACAGUAUGUGCAACUGCAGAGGAUGAAAAAUGACUGUAAAUGUGUAGAACCAGGUUAUAUAAACCACAAGUUUUCUGGUGAUGAAUUUUUAAAAUAAAAUGUGUUUUUCUACGCUCAAUAAAUCCAUCAUUCUGACAUAUAGAUUAUGCAUGAAUAAAAAUUGUUUCUGAUA